AUGGACGAUGAUAUUGAUGGUGCACCCAUCGAGGGCCCUGAGGAAGAGACGGUCAUCAAAAGUGAGCCAAUUUUUGAGGAGGAAGAUAUCGAUGGUGAACCGAUUGAAGAAACACCCGCUGAGCCACAACCAAAGAAAACAGCUACAUUCAAACAAAGCCAAUGGAAUACGGUUGACCCGUCGGUGGUGGCCAGUCAAGCAGUAACGACAAGCAAAUGGGAUCUUCUGGAAAGUGGCAAGGAUGAUGAGAUGGCAACGGAUAAACCUGAGCUUUUUGUGUGCCUCUGUUUGUUCCCGCUUUCGUCCUACUGCACUUGUAGUUACACUCUUUUUGCCCGCGUGUUACACGCUUUGGUAACGGUUGUUGGGCACUUUGAAUUACCGAUUGAAAAACGAUCCCUUGAAGGUUUUCUGAAGAGAGCUGCAUCGAGUUUACAUAUGUCGAUGAGUUCGUCUACUGCACGACUGGAUGAAGAGCGACGAAAAAUCUUGCGUGAAAUCGAGGCAAGUUUCAUUUUAGUGCUUGAAAUUUGA